AUGCUUCUUUCUUUCAGUUACGUUACUGACCACGUUGGCUUCUGUGGUACUAUCAAAAACUCACCGAGUGAUUUCAUAGUGACAGAAAUCGAGAUGCCCCAACACUUACUUAGGGAUACCCGGUCUGAAUCACUUCACAAAAACAGCGAAGCGCUGCUAGAACAAAGUAGCCUGUCUCUGCAGCAACCCAAAAAACUGAGAACGGAACUUCCCAGCCUUUGUGCCGAGGGCUGUGGCGUUGGCAGUGUCCCCAGCCCUUCGGAGCGCCACCCAAGCUGGGCAGGAAGUGGGUGUUCCGCAUCCCCCAACAAAACACACCGUGGGGGAGAUUCUGAGCUGGAAUCUGGCCUCGAGGAAGCCAGCGUUUUUGAUUCCUUACUGGGCAAACCCAAGAGUGAACUGCUUCAUAAAUUUGCUUGCGAUCUGAAGGAUGUGUGGGAGUCGGAAAGUGACGCUGACCCUAGCACUGGGGAGUUCUCCCUGGGACCUGUAUUAGACAAGAAAAAUCGAGCUGAUUUACACAGUGCUGUUAGGCAGAAAUUCCCCUUUCUAGUCACUGUUACAAAGGACAAUGAGAUGAUUGUAAAAGGAAAUGCUGAUUACAGAGAACUAUGUCAGUUAGUGACUGAAAAGGAAACGAGUGAUUUCUUUAAAUUUCUAGAUGCAAAGGUCGAAAAUUCUACAUUUUCUUUUGAGCCUGAUGGAAACAAAGAGCACAGAAAAGUAGUUCACCACUUUAUCAAUAGAAGAUUUGGAAAACUUUUAGAAACAAAGUCUUUUACUGUGACAGAUGUCAAUGGUCAGCCAAAUACGUCAAUAACAGUACGAUUUCGAGAAAAAAGUUGGCCCAGAAAGAGGUCUGGUGGUGGUUUCCAGGAAAAACAAGAUCUUUAUACAGCUUUCACCCUUCAGAAAGAAAAUCUAGAAACACUAGAAGCAAUUGGCUUCUUGGCUGCUGAACUUGGUGUCCUUCCUUCAGACUUCAGUUACACUGGCAUCAAAGAUAAGAAGGCUAUUACUUACCAGCCUAUGGUUGUGAAGAAGGUGACUCCUGAGAGGUUGAAAGAAAUCGGAAGCAAAAUGGAAAAAAAGGGCAUGAGAAUACACAAUAUACAUUCAGCAUUCCAGCACCUUAGACUUGGUCAGCUGAAAGGCAAUCACUUUGAUAUAGUUGUGCGAGAUCUCAAACAUCACAGUCAUGACUCUUCUACAGAUCUGAAAGAGAGAAUAUCUGAAGCAAUGGAAAACGUAGAGGCAAAAGGUUUUGUAAAUUACUAUGGACCUCAGCGAUUUGGACAAGGACAAAAUGUUCAGACGGAUCAAAUAGGAUUGGCUUUACUGAAUGAAAAAAUGGUGAAAGCUGUAAAGUUAUUCUUCACACCUGAAGAUACUGAUGACCCUGUAAACAAUGCAAAAAGAUACUUUCUUCAAACUGAAGAUGCAAAGGGUGCACUGACGAUGCUGCCGGAAUUUAAAGUGAGAGAGAAGAUGUUGCUACGAGCUUUAAAUCGUUACGGUGUGAAUCCUGAAGGUUGUGCCAAAGGGUGGCUCAGCAUUCCUCAUUCCAUGCGCAUAUUCUAUGUCCAUGCUUAUUGCAGUAAAAUUUGGAAUGAGGCAGCAUCAUAUAGGCUGAAGAUUUAUGGCUCACAAGUCGUUGAGGGGGAUCUUGUCUUCUUGGAAGAAAGUGGUGAAAGCAUUUCCCUGAGUGACAAGGUUCAUGUAGUCACUGCUCCAGAAGAGUCAGCUAACAAAUACUCUAUAAACCAAGUGGUUCUUCCAAUGGUGGGACAUAGUAUCAAGUAUCCCAGUAAUAAAGUUGGGCAAUGGUACCAUGAAAGACUUUCUAAGGAUGAACUGCAGAUGUGCAAAUUCAGAGUGUCUUCACUACAGCUGAAUAUACCUGGAUGCUACAGACCCAUUUUAAAAAAUGUCCAGAAUCUGUCAUAUUUUUUGGAAGGCAGUGAAAAAGGAAUUGAAAUUGAAGACAACCAUCUGAAUGAAUCAAAAAUCUCCCUUCAUAUAUCAUUUGAUCUUGAUCCUUCAUGUUAUGCAACAGUCUGCCUGAGAGAAAUAAUGAAAUGUGACUUUUAA